GGCAGUGUUUGUCACACAAGUGGAAAAGAAACUUCUGAUCCUUGAACUAGAUGAAGCUGCCUCCCUGUGUCUGCCCAGCCUAAGACUAUGACCCCUUGAAGCUAAACCCUUCCCCCAAGCCUGCUGGUCUCUCUCCCAGUGUCUGGGAGCUGACCUUUGGCAUGCUUUGCUAUGUGUAAAGCAGCACUUUUAAUAGCUUCCUGUCCUGCCAGUAUUCUGUAAAAUUGCUUUCUACAGCAUCUCCUGGCAGAUGGCCAGGCAUGUGGUUGCCCUUUCCCCCCUUCCAUGGUAGUUGCCAACCACAGAGGCCAAGAUGUUUUGCUGCCCUGCAGAAGGCUGAUGGAUUUACAGACCUUUUCAGGCUUAGAACUGGAGAACCCUGGGCCCUUCUCUUACAUUUAGGGUGGUGUCCGGAAUCUUACAGGAAUAAAGAUACAAUGGAGAGGCCUUCCCUGGAAAUUAACCUGCCUGAUACUCAUGAAGAAGGAAAACUUUAUGUAGUUGAUUCCUUAAACAACCUAAACAAACUAAACAUUUGUCCAGAUGGAUCUCAACAUGUGCUGGAUGAGGAAGAGAACACUGGUGGUACUGGAGAAAACAUGGAAGGGAGCAACAUAAGAAACCAAUGUUUGUUCUUCGUCACCUUUAUUCUUACUCUGAUCGUCAGUUUGGCACUUGUUUCAUUCGUAAUAUUCUUAAUAAUUCAAACUAGAAACAAGAUGGACCAAAUAUCAAGCAGACUAAUAUCUGAAAAGAAGAACAUAGAAGAGCUUAAGAAAAUGAACAAUAUGAUAUUAAAGCAUCUAAAUCAAUCAGGAAUUAAGGAGAAGGGGAGAUACCUCUUCACACAGUCUCCUGAUCUUCAUGAUUACCUCUUCACCCAUGCUGAGCUGAAAGUCGCUGGAGAAUAGGUCUUCUUUGGAAUUAAAUUUAGUGUAUUAAUGUACCCAGGUAUUUUCACAUAUGGCACACACUUAAACAUUCAGAUAUGGUCCCAGGAGCACCGCAAAAGCCAUCUGAAUGAAAAGCACUAGAAAAUAAUAUUUUAUCCUGUUUUAUGUAAUACAGAUUUUGAAAAUUAAGUCCAUAUGAUUUACAAUAAACAACGGAUUGUCAACAAUUCUGGGCAAGAGUUCCAAAUUCUCUGUGCAUUGUAAAUUGGAGGGCUAAGGGCUCCGUUUUACUUUAAAUGUAAGUGAAUGAUCACAGAAAAUAGUGAUUUCUAUUCACAUGAUUCCAGCAUGACCUUGUUCAGUUAGCCAUU